AUAACAGAUGCAUUCCGUUCGUUUGUCCAAAUUUGGACUUCCGCCACUGAGUUCAUCCCUCCCGCUCGUUUUAAUUGGCUUGUAACGGCUUCGACUCAAAUCAAAGUCAUGGCUGACGCGCGAAAUGCAUUUUGUUUUGCCAAUGUCUUAGAAUGUGGUUCGCUCUCAUUGAGCAUUCUACGGGCAGAUGAACGAGCCGUUUCCCAAAACCUGGAAACAUACCCAUAUACCUCUAAAGAAGUCAAUUCUUUGGGGCAAACGCCUUGCCAUAUCGCCGUUGCGGUAGGCAACUUGCGGAUCUUGAAGCUCGUUCUCUACACUAAUAGCUCAGACGCUCUCAACGCACGAGACAACUCUGGGCACUAUCCUGUCGACUAUGCUAUUGCUAGUCAUGCCCAUCAAGUCUGUGCUAAAAGCCAAGAGUCUAGCGUAUGCAACGGCUGCAAGGUCCUAGAGAUGGUGCUUAAUGCGAAUUGUGCACUGUAUACUCACACUCUUCAUCGCGCCUUGUGG